AUGCCAAUCAGACCAGAUCUUCAACAGUUGGAAAAAUACAUUGAUGAUGCUUUGAGAAAAAACAAUUUCAAAUCUUUGAAAACGCUUUUACAAAUUGAUGUUUGUGAAGAUGUGAAGAUUAAGUGCACUAAACAGUUUUUCCACAAGUUGGAUGACCUUAUAUGCAGGGAACUUAAUAAAAAGGAUGUCGAAAAUGUUUCAACCAUUUUGGUGUCAGUUGGAAGAUGUAGCAAAAAUAUCAGUAUAUUGGGACAAGCUGGGCUUGUAACCAUGAUAAAACAAGGACUAGUUCAAAAGAUGGUUACCUGGUUUGAAAAAUCUGAAGAGAUUAUUUUGAGUCGAGGAAAUUCAAAAGAUGAAGAUGUUUUAAAUUUGACAGAAGACUUCUUUGAGCUUUUGAUGGCCAUCUAUGACAUCAGUGAUGAAGGUAAAAAGCAAGUAGUGGAAAAUUUUUUGACUCGAAUUUGUGCCUUGGCUACCAACACAAGAGUGAAUAUUUCUAUUCAGCAAGAGACAUUUAAAAAAAUAAAUGCUAUGCUUGACAAAAUGCCACGAGAUACCAGGAAAAUACUUGCUACUCAAGAAAUGUCAACUCUCAUGAGUAGUAUGGGAGAAAGAAUUAUAGAUGCUGGAGAUUAUGACUUACAGGUAGGCAUUGUGGAAGCUUUAUGUAGAAUGACUACAGAAAAACAAAGACAAGAAUUGGCAUAUCAGUGGUUUUCAAUAGAUUUUAUUGCUAAUGCAUUUAAAGGAAUUAAAGACUGUGAAUUUGAAACAGAUUGCAGGCUAUUUCUCAAUCUUGUAAAUGGCAUGCUUGGAGAUAAAAGAAGGGUCUUCACAUUUCCUUGUUUGUCUGCAUUUCUUGAUAAACAUGAGUUGCAAAUACCAGCAGAUGAAAAACUUGAGGAAUUUUGGGUUGAUUUUAAUCUUGGUAGCCAGACCCUAUCAUUCUACAUUGCUGGAGAUAAUGAAGAUCAUCAAUGGGAAGCAGUCACUGUGCCUGAGGAAAAAGUUCAAAUGUACAGCAUUGAAGUGAAAGACUCAAAGAAGCUACUGUCUAUAAUUCUGAAAAAUAUAGUAAAAAUUAGUCAAACCGAAGGAAAAGAACUGUAUUUGUAUUUUGAUAUAUCACUAGAAAUUACCAAUGUGGCUCAAAAAGUUUUUGGUACAAGCAAAUAUAGGGAAUUUACCAAGAAGCAUGGUAUUUCAGUUGCCAAAACAUCUGUGCAUAUUCUUUUUGAUGCAAGUGGAUCCCAGAUGCUGGUUCCAGAAAGUCAGGUCUCACCAAUUGAAGAAGAACCUGUUAGUUUAAAAGAAAAAUUUAACUCCCCAAAGGAAUCUGUUAACCCUCUAAAAUGCACCAAAAAUAGCAGCCAAGAGGACAGCAUAAGUAAUCAGGGCGAGAUAACUACUCCUAGCAAAAGGAAAAUGUCUGAAGCAUCAAUGAUUGUUGCCGGUACAGACAGAUACACUGUGAGAAGUCCAGUACUAUUAGUCAAUGCAAUAACACCACGAAGAAGAAGAAGUAAGCCACCACUGCUGCCAAGGCUAAGUUUCUCAGAAAAAGUUAAUGUUCCUAAUACAUCCAAAAAUGGAUUGGAUGAUGCUUUAUUACUUGAAUCUAGAACAUCUGAAAGAAGAUGUAGAAGAAAAAAUAGAGAAAAACAUAUCAAAACUGCUAACAUCGUAGAAAGGACAGAAAAUGAGGACAUUGAAUUCCCAAAUCAAAACCCAAAUGAACUCCAUGAUACCCUUUCUGAUUCACAGACAGUGGAAAAAACAGAUAAGCCUUUAUUUUCUAGUGCUUUAGAAAACAUGUGCGGGAACAAAAUUCAAUCUAAAUGGGCAUGUUGGACACCUGUAACAACCAUUAAACUAUGUAAAAGCAACAGAACCAGUACUUUAUCAAGAGACACAUUUAAUCAAGAUGUUUGUGUUCACAAAAACUAUUCUAAACAAAAAUCACCUUCAUCUAUCUCUGAUGAUGAUUCUGAAGAAACAGUGGAGACGAAAUACAGGAAAGUAAUAGAGGAACCUGACAAAACAGACAAAGCAGUAGUUUGCAAAAGAAACAAUCAGCAACAAAAUUAUCCUAAAUAUUCAGACCAGAAAGAUACUGAAAAUGCUACUCAGAGUGAUUGGCAUAUUGAAUCUGAAACUACUUUUAAGUCAGUUCUUCUAAACAAGACAACUGAAGAAUCUCUGAUCUAUAGGAAGAAGUACAUCUUAUCAAAAGACGUGAAUACUGAUGUUUGUAAUAAAAGUUCUCCUAGAAAAAGGCCAAACAGUCAUAUAAAAUCAGGCACAGAAUCAUCUUCUGAUCUUAAUUCCUGGGAUUUGAAACAAAAAACAAUGAGAGAACAGUCAAAAGAGAAAGGAUUUACUGAGGCAGCAGAAUCUUUGAUAACUCAAAUUAAUAAGAGAUACAAACCAACAGAUGAUGCAAAGUCUACACGAAAAUUAAAGGACUCUUUGAUUGACAGUCGGAUUUCAAACAAAUCUGAUCUACAACUUAAUAAGGUUCAGAAAAAAAGUUACCGAAAAUUGAAGACUACUUUUGUUAAUGUUACUUCUGAAGGCCCAUUGGACGAUGUUUACAAUUUUAAUUUGAGUGGAGCUGAGGAACCUGUUAUAAAACUUGGAAUUCAAGAAUUUCAAGCCGCAACUAAAGAGACCUCCAAGGAUAAUUCAAUAAAACUGACUGAUUUAAGGAAUCCUGAUGAACUUGAAACUUCUCUCAGAACAAAAGAUAAAAGAAUGAUAUCAAGUCAUGUAAAGAAGAAUCUCUUUAGUGAUACUGAAACAGAGCACACAUGUGAUGAUGGUAAAACUGAUAUUAGCUGGCUACAAGGAUCAAACACAAAACCACAGCCAAGUGCUCAUAACAGAAGCAAACAUUUGAAGAAGUAUACAAACAAAAAAUCAAGGCCAUCCUUGGAGAAGGGACAGCCAAGAUCUAUAAUGGAACCAAAUAAAAACAUCACCAAAAAGAAUAAUGAAACAGUUCCAGAUGGGAGAACUAGACUUCCACGAAGAGCAGCAAAAACAAAAAAAAAUUACAAAGAUCUCUCAAAUUCAGAAUCAGAGAGUGAAGAAUAUGCACAUUCAAAAUUGCAAGUAAAGGAGGAGAAUAUCCAUUCCAGAACCAAAACCACAAAACUACCAAAGAAACAACAGAAAGUCUUAUCUGCUGAAACACAAAAAGGACCAUCAAAAAGAAGGAAAAACUCAUCUCUACAAAAAGACACUCUGAGAGAGAAUAGCCUGGACUUCUCUCCUGUAUCAUUAUCUGGGAGUCCAUCAUCUAUAGAAUUAAUGAGAUCUAUUCGGCAGGAAAAACUAGGAGAUCACAGUCCAAGGCCACCCAGGCAUACUCCAUCUAAGAAUAAUACUGUUAUGGAUAGAAAAAAUAUAAAUUCUGUGGAACUCACACAAGAAACACAAAAUUGUAAUAGUGAUUCAGAUGCAAGGAGUAAUAGUUCUGAAAAACAUCUUGUAGAAAUUGAAUCUCCAACUAUCAUUGGAAAUCAUAUGCAAAAUGCAAGAGAGGAAAACAGUUCAGUAUCUUCAAUGUCCUUAUCUAAUGAAGAAAGACAGAAACUAGUGUUUGACACACUCAGCAAUACUACUCAUAGAUCAGGCCCCACUCAGCAUCUUAGUUUCAAACGAAUGAUCAUAGAAGAUAAUGUAAGUAAUUCUGAACUAGAGACAGAAGAAGCAGAAGAAAGAAGAGCACACUUGCCUUCCAAAAGACUGUGUAAAAUGGAAGAUGCAGAUAAUCACACCUAUAAAUUGUCUCAAAGUAUAUCUCCAUUAUCACCAAAGGAUAUUUCCAUUUCUGAGGAAAACUGGGGCAGUGACCUAUCAUCAGGUGUGGGGGUGCUCUGUGAGAAGAUCAACUCUGAAUUUAAGAGGAAGCUUGAUGCGCGAAAUAAAAUAAUAGAGUACUAUACUAUGCAGUCUUGGAAAACAGCUCAACAACAUCUGAAAACAAUGAACCAUCAAAUUCAGGAGAAUAGAAUUAAAAAACUUGAUAAAUUCAAAUUCAUCAUCACAGAAGAGCUGGAGAAUUUUGAAAAAGAUUCACAGUCUUUAAAGGAUUUAGAGAAGGAAUUUGUGGACUUUUGGGAAAGAGCACUUCAGAAGCUCAAUGUAUAUCAGAAAAAUGAACAGCAGAGGCUUCGUCAUUUGGAAACUGCAUUGAAUAAAAAUGUCUUUGGCAACAAUGAUUUUGAAGAAUCUGUAUUUUCAUCUCAGAUGUCUUCAAUGAAAGAAAACAUGAAAAUACUACAGGACAAACUUCUUAAACAAAUGCAAGAAGAGGAACUUCACAAUAUACGUAAAGGACUGAUGUCAUUAUUCUUGGCUCAUGGGAGAAAUAAUAAUGUGUGA